AUGUUGCGGUUUACAAGGGGUUUUCUAUUGUGUCGGUUGACUUUGCGUGUUCAUACUGCGGUGCCGUUAAGUGUUUCCAGCAUCACUCGUUUACCUGGGGGUUUAGGCGAAGUGUUCAGGAAUUUAAAUGAGUCGAAAAAGGAUGCUUUUCAUCCAGGUAGAGUGAAACAAGUUCACUUAUACGACAAUAUGGAUAGAGAUAGUUGGGUUUUGGUUUACCGUGAUGUUAACUCAAGCAAACAUUUUUAUUUUGCUGCUUUAUUAUUACCACCAAUAAUCUGCGGGUUUUUGGUACUUGCUGUAGAUAUAUUAUGGAAUGAUGUACACUUUGGUUUUACGCAGAAGUUAUUGAAUGACGCUGAUGAGCUAGGUGCCCUCGCUGUAAUCCCAUUAUUUUUAACCGUUGUUGUUUUUGUGACAUUGUGGCGCAUUCAGUCAUCUCGGCUGUUGCGUAUCUACCAAAAAGUUUCCGAUCCAAAGAAAUUCGUUGCUGUUAGUUCUCGGAUGGUCAUUCUACAAAAAAAGACACCGUUUGUUAAAGGAGAAGCUCAACUCAGAAACUUCGAUAGUCAGACCUAUGACAGUAUGGGAAAGUUCUUCCGUAACAUAUUUAAAGGAACCGUUGCAAUCAAAGGGAGCGGUUUUCUUCACGACGAUGAGUGUUUCAUCUCUAACAAUGCUCGGUCUUUUAUGCUAAAUGAAUUUGAUAAAUUAACUCAUGGCAAUGGAGUAAAACGGCGGAACAAUUAUAAGAACUAG